UCGCGCUGUGCGUCACCUCACGAGAGUUGGCGCUCCAAACGAAGAUGGCGGUGGACUCCUGCAGGUAGUCGCGCAUUUCUUCGAACUAAAAUAAACUUCUCAGCGCUUCGAGGGCAAACGGUGACCUCUUUGGUGAAGACAGUUGCAGGGGCUGACAGUCGUUACUUCUCCAUCUCACCGCAGGGGAAGGCGAUUUCUUCCGUUCCCACCUUUCUGUACAGCCGGGGCUCUGUCGUGUCGAGUGGGCGGGCUGUAGACCGUGUCGGUGGCCGACUGAGGAUCCUUGACGCUCGGUGCUUAAACCUAUAAUUUCAGCCAACUGCUGUUGUUAACGUGACUAGCGUGACCGUCGUAAUGACAAUAUCAUAAAGUCCUUGACAUCUAUCAUAUCACAUCAGCUGAAGUCUGGAAAGCCACCCUGAAGUACCAUCGUUACUCGGCGUGUAAACACCGUCGGCCGAUCGCGCCCGAGAAACCGCGAGCAAAGCUCUGCAACCCCGAGUCCCUGUCAGGAUGGCAAUGCUGAAACAGGUGGGACUGUUGGCUGCAGGCUGCCAGCCAUGGAACACCAACGUCUGCUCGGCCACUAGGGACAGAUUCGCCUACUGCGCAACACUAGCUAUUUAUAUCUAUCAGCUCGACAGGAAGUUCAAUGAGUUCAAGCUCCAUUCCAUCAUGUCGGAGCACACCAAAACCAUCACCGCCAUGGCGUGGCACCCGCGGAACCCCGACAUCCUCGCCAGUGCGAGUGCGGACCAGAGAAUAUGCAUUUGGCACGUGGCCGAACAGAGACUCCUGACGAGUUUAGACAACCCCAAGGGCACGCCGCAAUGUAUAGACUGGUUCUUCCACGAAGCAGACAGCUUGUCGUACAUAUUCCAGAAGGGGCCGUUGUAUAUAUGGAACUAUAAACAGGGGAGCGCGGGACUGUCGCAGCACAAGGAGGCUCAUGGGUUCAUGUACGACGUGAGUCAGUUCAGGUGGCAUCAUCGCAGGGUCGGCAAACUGGUGCUGGGUCACGUGGACGGGAGUCUCUCCCUCUUCUCACCAGGUCAGAAACCACAGAAACACGUGUUACGUCCAGAAACGGUGGAUGAGACAGAAGAAGACGACCCUGUCGUAGCUCUAGAGUGGGACCCGCUGUCUACUGAGUACCUUCUUGUGGCCAACUCCCACUUCGGCGUGCGGUUGUUGGAUACGGAGGGGUUGACAGUUAUCAACAGUUACACGCUGCCGAGUGCAGCGGUGUCUGUACACACGCUGGCCUGGGUUCCCACUGCACCGGGCAUGUUCGUGACUGGAGACACCCAGGCAGGCGUGUUAAGAUUAUGGACGGUUCCCAAAAGCACACCACUUGAGAACAUCAAAGUGAAGAAGACUGGCUUCCAUGCACUUCACGUCCUAGGACUGUACACAAUGAACUCACACAGAGAAGUUGUAUUUGAAGAGCCGGUUGAGGCAUCAUCCACCAGCUUAGCCAUCCACAGGACCAACACAGAGUCUUCCACCAUGCCUCCUGCUCUCAUCGUCUGUACCUUCCUGGACGGGGGUGUCGGGCUCUACAACCUGGCCAGGAGGAAAUGGGACUUCCUCAGAGACUUGGGCCACAUAGAGACGAUAUUUGACUGCAAGUUUAAGCCUGAUGACCCUAACCUACUGGCCACAGCAUCUUUUGACGGGACCAUCAAGGUGUGGGACAUCUCCACCAUGCAGGCUGUGUACACAUCACCGGGGAACGAAGGGGUCAUCUACUCUCUCAGCUGGGCACCAGCUGACCUGAACUGUGUAGCAGCCUCCACGUCCAAACAGGGCAUGUUCAUCUGGGACAUCGGCAGGGGCAAGGUCAUCAAGCGAUUUAACGAGCACGGGCGACAUAGUAUAUUUUGUGUAGCAUGGAACAACAAAGACUCCAGAAGAAUAGCCACCUGUGGGUCAGACGGACACUGUGUGAUCCGAACGGUGGAUGGAAAGCUGGUGAAGAAGUACAAACAUCCCAUGCCUGUUUUUGGAUGUGAUUGGAGUCUCACCAACAAGGACAUGCUUGCCACUGGCUGCGAAGACAAGAACGUGCGAGUCUUCUACCUGGCAACAAACUCAGACCAACCACUCAAAAUCUUCUCAGGGCACACUUCCAAGGUUUUCCAUGUGAAAUGGUCCCCCCUACGGGAGGGCAUACUGUGCAGCGGUUCUGAUGAUGGGACCAUUCGUAUCUGGGACUACACGCAGGACUCAUGUGCGAUGGUGCUGAGCGGACACACGGCUCCGGUGAGAGGUCUACUGUGGAACCCGGAGAUCCCGUACCUGCUUCUGUCCGGCAGCUGGGACUAUACCAUCCGCGUCUGGGACACACGGGACGGCGCCUGCAUCGAUACUGUGUACGACCAUGGUGCGGAUGUCUACGGCCUGACAUGUCACCCUCUGCGCCCCUUCACCGUGGCCUCCUGCUCCAGAGACUCCACCGUCAGGAUCUGGUCGUUGACCCCCCUGGUCACUACGCUGCAAAUCAGCGUCAUCGCCAAGAGGCCGUGGACGGAAAUAUUUGCCAUGACCCAAGGGUGUGGCCAGGCUAUGAUUGCUGGUAAUGUAUAAUAUAUAUACUGCUAA